AUGGAGCGCCGGGUCACCCGGUCAAUGACUUCGAAGGAAGCUGCUUUGUUGUCGGCUCCGAAUCAGAAAGCAAACUCCCAGCUAUCUAGUACUCCGCAGCCUUCUUCCAGUGAACCAAGCUCUACUGAGAGAAGCCAAAGGACGUCUGAAAACGCCGCGUCACGAAAGUCAGAGCUAGUAUCUGAGAACUCAACGAAGAGUGUAGGUCGAAAAAGGAAGAGACGUACUUCUGCCUCUAUUAUUCAAGAGAUCGACAUCAACGAGCUUCCUCACAAUCUGGGCAAGGCCCCUACUGCCAUCAAACAGGAGCGUGCACUUGCCGUCGACCAGAAGCCUGCCAAAACGCCAAGUGAGGAAACACAAAAGCCUGUACUCGAAGCCAACCCCGAAUUUAACGCCACGGGAAAGACGAAGAAAGUAAGGAAAAAUGGAUAUCCCUAUGGCCUUACUCCAGGGGUCAGUCCGUUCCCAGAUUUUCCUCGUCCUACACCAGAAGAGUGCGAAGAAGUCAACCGACUGUUGUCCACCGUUCAUGGAGAGAUCAAUGCCCCGACCACUGUGCCUCAGCCAUCCCUCACUGUAACAGGAUGUGGUGAAGUCCCCUCUGUCCUUGAUGCUCUGAUUCGCACAUUGCUCAGUGGUGCUACAACUAGUGGAAAUUCCGCCAAAGCAUUCCAGGGAUUGGUCCAGAAGUUUGGCGUCCUAGAAGAAGGCAUCGGAAAGGGAAGUGUGAAUUGGGAUGCUGUUCGCCGUGCCCCAAUUGAUGAUGUCUUUCAGGCAAUGAAGAGUGGUGGGCUGGCAGCAAUGAAGAGCAGAUAUAUCAAAGAGAUCCUAGACAUGGUCUACAAGGAGAACAUGCAGCGCAGGGACGCUUUGUUGAAGGCUGAGACAGACGGAGCAGAUGGACCUGCUGGUGCAGAAAAUGAAACAGAUGCAGCCAAGCAAAAAGAGAUCGACUGCGCUAAUGAGAAUGUCUUGUCACUGGACUAUAUCCAUGCUCUUGAUAAAGACCAGGCCAUGCUUGAACUUGUCAAAUACCCUGGCAUUGGUCCCAAGACGGCUGCCUGCGUGAUCCUGUUCUGUCUCCAACGGCCCUGCUUUGCCGUGGACACGCAUAUCUUUCGCAUCUGCAAAUGGCUGGGCUGGCUCCCAUCCGAAAGAGUCAACGAGGUCACCGCGUUCAGCCACCUUGAGGUGCGCAUUCCGGAUCAUCUCAAGUAUUCCCUCCAUCAGUUGUUUAUCCGACAUGGCAAAAUUUGUCCCCGAUGCCGAGCUAUCACAGGAGAGGGAAGUGAGGGCUGGGAUGAAGGAUGUGUCAUUGAUCACCUGGUAAAAAGAACCGGAAAGCGCAAGGGUGCGCUCGUGUCAACCACUGGAAAGCAGCCAAAGAACAGACGGAAUCGAAAAGGGAAACAAGGAAUCUAG